AUCUAGAGAGAGAAACAGUUAGAGAGAGAGAAGAGAGAGACCAGCGAGAGAGAGAGAGGGGUAGGAGAGGAGGUGGUGGUCCCCUCCUCUCUUCAACCCCGUCCCAAAUUAAAAAAAGUAGUGAUUAUUUCUCUACGAGAGAAGCAGAAGUUGGCGUAGUCGGGGGCGGCGCCGCAUCAAAGAGGGUGGAGUUCUCUCUUUCGCCGGAGAAACUCCAUCCUCCCGAACGCAUAUAACUAAACCAUACAUAAAAGUACAUUCAGAUACAAAUCAUGGCGUCCUCUCCGGAUGCCGCUCCGGCCCCCAACUCCUCCUCCUCCUCCUCGUCCUCUCCACCACCACCACCACCACCACCAUCCAACUCCUCCUCGCCCCCUCCCUCUCCACCCCCACCCUCUCCUUCGCCCUCGCCUCCGCCGCCGCCCCCGCCCUCCUCCUCCUCCCCACCUCCGGCAUCGACGCCGCCUCCGUCGACCCCCUCAACUCCGCCCAAUUCAUCGAACAAGCCAUCGCCGCCGCCGAAAGCUACGCCGUCGCAAACGCCUCCCUCUCCUAGUAGUUUCAAAGAACUGCCAUUGCCAUUGCCAUCAUCGCCGCCGCCGCCGCCGCCGCCGCCAGCGCCAGCGGCUUCCAGAGCUGCUGCGUCGAAGAAGGCUGCGCCUUCGCAUGCGUCGCCGGACGACAGCGGCAGCGGCAGCGGUGGCGGCGGGGGGUCGGAGUUGAAUCUGCCGAUGAUCAUCGGGGUGGCGGCCGGGGUCGGGGUGUUCUUCAUCCUGAUGAUGGUGGUCGCGCUCGUGUGCUGCGCCAGGACGAAGAAGAAGAAGAAUGCACUGCCGCCGCAUAACCACCUGCACUACUACGAUAACUCGCAACGCAAAGGGAACGACUACUACCACGCCUCAUCUCUCCCUAAAUGGCAGCACAACGGAUCCCAAACCUUCGACCCCACCGGCGGCGGCGGCGCCGCCGUCCCGCUGCCGCCCCCGCCCGGCGGCGUCGGUUGGAGCCCUCACGGGCUCUCCCCGCCGCCUGGCGCAGCACAUCACUUCCACAUCAGCGACACAGGCUCAGGGCCAUACAACGACAACUCCGGCCCCCACGGCGCCCCGCUCCCGCCGCCGUCCCCGUCCGUCGCGCUCGGCUUCGUGAAGAGCACGUUCUCGUACGAGGAGCUGGCGGCGGCCACCGACGGCUUCUCGGCGGCGAAUUUGCUCGGGCAGGGCGGGUUCGGGUACGUGCACAAGGGGGUGCUGCCGAACGGGAAGGAGGUGGCGGUGAAGCAGCUGAAGUCGGGCAGCGGGCAGGGCGACAGGGAGUUCCAGGCAGAAGUAGAAAUUAUUAGUAGAGUGCACCACCGGCACCUCGUCUCGCUCGUCGGCUACUGCAUUUCGCAGACGCAGAGGAUGCUCGUCUACGAGUUCGUGCCCAACAAGACGCUCGAGCACCACCUCUACGGAAAGGGUCUCCCAGUGCUGGACUGGCCAACACGACUCCGGAUCGCAUUGGGAUCUGCCAAAGGGCUUGCUUACUUGCAUGAAGACUGUCACCCUCGAAUCAUUCAUCGCGACAUCAAAACCGCCAAUAUUCUUCUUGAUAAUAAAUUCGAGGCUAUGGUUGCUGAUUUUGGAUUGGCCAAGUUAUCUUCUGACACCAACACCCACGUUUCGACACGUGUGAUGGGAACAUUCGGAUACUUGGCUCCUGAGUACGCGUCGAGCGGCAAGUUAACAGAGAAAUCCGAUGUCUUCUCGUUCGGAGUGAUGCUCCUCGAGCUCAUAACCGGGCGGCGGCCCGUCGACAACACUCAAACCUUCAUGGAGGAUAGCUUGGUUGAUUGGGCGAGGCCUCUUAUGAUCCGCGCGCUGACUGAGAACAACUUUGAAGAGCUGGUCGACCCGCGACUGGAGAAGAACUACGACCCGACGGAGAUGCAACACAUGAUCGCGAGUGCCGCUGCUUGCGUUCGCCAUUCCGCUCGACGGCGCCCUAAAAUGAGCCAGGUCGUUCGCUCACUGGAGGGCGACAUUUCGUUGGAGGACUUGAACGAGGGGGUGAAGCCAGGCCAGAGCUCGUUCUUCGGCUCGAGCUCGGACUUCGACUCGAGCUCGUACAGCUCCAACAUGCGCCAGUUCCGCCGCAUCGCCCUCGGCAGCGGUGAGUUCAGUAACGAGUACAGCGGCCCCACCAGCGAGUACGGCCUCAAUCCAUCGGAAUCCAGCUCCUCUUCUGGUGAGAUCAACACCAAAUCCACCGCCACCGGAGUUAGCCGACGGCAUUAGAAAGUAACCAAUGUUUUGAAAUCCAAAUUGGAAACUUUGAAUCGUGAAAUCUGAUCAGGUUCAUUUUCGGUUCGGUUUCAAAUUUUAACACUGUCGUGAAAGACUUAUCUACCGCUCUUUGAAGAAAACAAAGGCCUACAGCUCUAUAUACAGCUCAGUUGGUGUACUAUUAAUAGUAUAUGAGUAGUAUAUUUUUACAGAGUUUUUAACC